AUGGGAAGAUUGAAAAGAGUGCCCAUCCCGCCCAUAAAUAGCUACUACUUUCAACUUCUUCACUUGCCAACACCGAAUAUGAAUAGAAUAUCUCGAGUGGAGACACUCAGGCUACCAAUUCUGCUUCUCAUACUUGGCCAUCUAGCUUGUCUUGGCCUUCAUAACUCCACCGCCAGCCUUGCAGCGAAGAGCAUUCUCUUCGUGUUUCCCGACGUACUGGGAACAAAGGGUCAAAUAUUGAACAUCACAGGGAGCGCUUGGACAUACGAUAAUGCGAUAUUUACUCCUUACACCUCGGCUAGCUUUUAUGGAUUCUGCUCUAAAACAAGCUCCUGCAAUCUGUUCUACAGCUGUUCGUCGGGCUAUAUUCUCUACGCUCGAACUUCCUCCGCCUGGCAAAGAGCUGCUAACGGACACUUUAGUGGAACGUCGCAUUUCUGGUGCGACCUUAAAGGCUACACUGGGUUGAAUAUUUUCGCCACGUCACCAUCGGUGACUACUACAUCAGCGCCCCCUGUAACGACUAUUGUUACUUCGAUUACAACGGUGAAAGUGACAAACCCUCCAUCCACAGUAACGAAGGUCGAAACUUCGCCUCCGCUCACCGUCACCCAAGUAUCUGUAUUCACCUCCGCAAUCACUCAAAGCCCACCUGCCCCUCCUCCACCGAGCAACCAGCCCACAUCGCUCUCCCAAAAGCCAGCCUCCAUCACUUCUUCCCGCCCAAGUGACUCACAACCUAGCUCUGCCGCUCUUCCAAACAACCCUGUCUCAACCGUCGUCGCAGCACCUCCCAACAACUCUCCUGCCUCAAUCAACAAUCCACCAUACAAUGUUGCGCCAUCCAAUAACCCCACUGAAACGAUUCUAGGCGACUCUAGCAUCAUCCGUACGAUCAACAAUCCUAUAGGUGCUACAAACCUAGUUGCCCCCACUACUAUACAACGCAAGCCUGAUACUGGAAUUAUCGUUGGUGGUGCGGUGGGAGGUUUUGCAACCGUGGGCAUCAUCGGACUUCUUGCCUUGUUUCUCCUAAAACGCAUGAGGAGUACCCCACCACAAGUAUUGGAUUAUCCUCAAACCCCACCCUCAGACAAAAUCCUCGUACCAGAGCUUUCAGUGUCACCCAGCUAUGCAAUUCCAUCUCCAUAUGCAAUACAGGCAGAAGCAUACAGGCCUAACUCGGUAUCGCCCGCCCCGCAACAUCUAUCCAGCUGGGAAACCCAGAAUGCUGGAGUCGAAGGAUAUGGAUAUGGAAAUGUGAACGAGUUACCAAGUCAACGCAUAAUGAAUGAAAAAUUGACGCAAGGAUAUACUUUGAUGUUGGAUGAUGGUGUUCCAACAAAAGUGUCAUGUGCCAACUCACCCUUACGCUCUGAACGAUUUGCACCCUCAUAA